AUGAGGCACACCAGAUCAAACCGUUAUGGAAUCUCUCAGUCCCAGCAAGCCCGGAGUCUUUACAUUAAGCCGUUCCAGGCCCUCGAUAUGCUCAGACAAGAGUCAAUUCCUGUCAAGGAGGCUGCACUCUCCGAGUCGGACUUCUUCUUGUCCCUCACCGUUGACAGGACAGCACUGUCUCCGUGUAUCCUUGCCUCGACAUCCGCUGGUUUCGAACCAGCACAGACGGGCCGGUUCCCAUUUGCAUACGAGGGCACGGACUUUGGCAGCACAACCCUCCUGGUUGAAACAGUUGCCUCCUACCUGCAGCUUCCCGCAACGGCACACGACAACCUGGCGCAGCUGUUGCAGGGAUUAUGGCGGGUAUUCAAGGAAAAGGAGGCGUACCUCCUGGAAGUACGUGCCAACGCCACAAGCGCCUUCGAAGUCCGCGACGCCCGCUUUGCGUUCGAUGAUGCUGCCUUUCGGAGCUCAGGGCGCCAGGAAGACGUACAGCAAUUGAGAAACCCAGCCGAAGAAGUGCCUGAGGAAGUUGAGGCCGAGAAGGACGGCAUUGUCUACGUCAAACUAGAAGGGAAAGGAAGCAUCGGAACACUAGUGAACGGCGCGGGUCUGGCAAUGAAUACGGUGGACGCGCUGACGAUCCAUGGCGGACACUGCGCGAACUUCCUGGACACGGGCGGCAAAGCCACGGCGGAGACAGUCAAGUCUUCAUUUCGGAUCAUCACGUCGGACCGACGCGUGAAAGCGAUCUUCGUGAACAUCUUUGGGGGGUUGACACGGUGCGACAUGAUCGCGGAAGGGAUCAUCCUAGCAUUUCAGGAGAUGGAGAUGACGGUGCCGGUGGUGGUGCGACUGCGCGGGACGAACGAGGAGCGUGGGCAGCAGAUGAUCGCGGAAAGUGGAUUGCCACUGGAGGCAUUUGACAGUUUUGAGGCAGCAGCAAAGCGAGUGAUUGAAUUGGCCGAGACACAGUAG